UAUCGAAGUAAUUUGUGUUGUGGUUGCAAUAUAUAGUGGCUUGUCAGACUCGGUUUGGAGCAUUUCAUCAGCUGUUAUUAAUUUAGCAACAAUUAUACUUUAUGCAAUACUGAGCCGAGUUAUGGUGAAAACUAAAACAACAACUAGAAACUACGAGCUGUUACAAUCAUUAAAGAUAGUCGUGGCAUUUAUUGGACUGGGACAGUUGGCAUCAACGGAAACUUCCAUGCUUAGAGAAUAUUAUACCGGAACCAAAACCUACAAUAAAGAGGGUGGCGACGAUUCACCGAUAGAAAUUCACGGUAGAGCUUCUGGGUAUUUUGUUUCAACGGUAUUCAUGUGGAAUGGCAAUGAAGAACCAUAG